UAAAAUUUUGAUAACUUUGAUAAAUAUAAGUAUCAAUAGACCAUAAGUUUUAUUUUUAAUAUAAUUAUAAUAGGAAUUCUUAAUUAUUGGGGAAAUGUAUUUUCCAUUAAUAAUUAUAUGCUUUAUAAGUGUAUCCCUCGCCGAUCCGGACAUAACCAAAGGGCCACCCGUUUAUGACAAGCCAUGGGUGCCGGCCUGGGGUUGGUUUGGCACUCAGAACCCCACGGGUUGGAGGGAUAGACACGAAAAGAUGGUUAACACGACUGAAGAGCACAAAAAUGAUAUCAAAAUUGUAUUCUUUGGGGAUUCCAAGACUGAGGGUUGGGUUACGGAGGGAAGGGAUGUGUGGAAUGAAUACUAUGUGAAAAGAGGGGGUUUUAAUUAUGGCAUCGGAGGGGACAGUACUCGACAAGUGUUGUGGAGAAUAGAUCACAAAGAGUUGGAUGGUUUGGUCCCAAAGGUAUUGGUGUUUAUGAUCGGAGGCAACAAUUUCGGUGAUAAUUAUAACAGAGGGACGGACGAGGAGAUAGUGAAAGCAGAGCACCUGAUAGUCGAGAAUAUUCAC